ACUAAACAGGUCAUUAGGCACGGUGUUGGCUUCGGAAAGUAAUGGAUGAAAUGAGAGAUUAUAAAUAAAACCAUACAAAAGUGGUGCAUAAUGAUUUAUUAAACAGAUUUUCAGUUUUUUUAUUGUCUCAGGGGAGGAAGUAUAAAUUAAAUUUAAACUAACAGAAGAAUGAGCGAAUAAUUGCUAUAAUUACUCUUAAUUGAGACAAACUUAUUAAUAAUUUUUCAUUAUAUUAUUACGAGGUAGGAUCAUUUUUAAUUUUAUUCUUUGAGCAUGACAAUAAGGAAUGGUUAUGGGAGAAAUUCUAAUUCCCUUAGAUCAACGUGUCAGGCAUUGUGUAUUAAUUAUACAUAUACUAAUGCAUCUGUUGAGAUCAUCGAAGCACAUAUUUUCCAUAAACUAUAUUACCCAUUAAGCAAAAAAAAUAAUAAAAAAGUGGGGUUCCAUUAAUCAAGGAAGAACAGAAAUGGACCAAGUCAAAAACUUGAAUUGGUCAAUUUGUAAUUUUAAAUGUUCGGCGGGUAGGAAGAUUUAUUACGUAUAGGGUUUAUCGGUCUACUUACAUUGGAAAUUUGCUCUUAUUGGUCCUUGUACUUUUAUGUUUGACAUUUUGUAAUCCUCUCAAAAAUUUUACCGUCUUUUUUCGAAUCAAGGAGGGGUUCUUGUUGGAUAAGAUAUUUGGAGUUACAUAAAUCAAACAUGCAUGUCUAAUGUCUAAGGAGUUGUUGCAUAUUAAGGGACCAUUCGGAUUAAGGAGAAAAAUAAAAGCUUUUACGAGAUUUCUUAAUAUAUGCAAAAAUAUCACAUCAUUGACUGUGUUAUUGAAAGGACUAAUACGAGUAAAACUCCAAAGUAUCAGGACUGACAAGAAAAAUAAUUUUGUGAUGGAUUAAAAAGUGGAAAAUAAAAGUAAGAGGACCAAAAGGGACAUUUUCCCAUCUAUAUGGGAUUUAUAUCAUGAAGACGACUUCUGGUUUUGGUGCCAUAUAAAUGUAUUGUGGAAUAAAUGUUGUAUAACGUGUUCGAACAUGCCUCACUAUAAUGUCAAACCUAAUAAACAAAAAAAAAAAUCAUUUUUCUUCUUUUUUGUAUAAAUAUUUUUUUUGGUAGAUCCUUGACGAAUUUAAUUCAUUCUUUAAUAAGAUGAAAUUUCAAUAUAAAUUCUAUCUUAGCCGUUGAUUGAUGUAGCUUUCUUAAUAACGAAUCCGGAUCGUGAUCUUGAAUGCUGUAAUUCGAUCCAGUAUUGGAUGCAUAACCGAUUUAGUUGUUCAAUAUGUACGUAAUCGUCCUUCACGGGUGGUUCCAUCCAUAAUUUUAAGGAAUUACAGAUGUUAAUCCCGACGGUCCAUUCGGCUAUGACCGAGCCUAUUACUUCGAGAGAUGGUGUACAUACUUAUAAUGAUUUAAACAGUUCCCAUCAUUGGUUUUAAUAUAAUCAAAUUAGCUUAGACAAAAUGAUUUCGCAAAUACCAAGUCCAAGUAUUAACUUGACAGCUAAUUAAUAUAUCAAAUUGCCCAACAGACAACCUUCCUUGAGAUGAAAGGUUCAAUACAUUUCUCCCAUUUGCAGCAAAAUGGAGGACACCUCUCGGCUCUGCAAAUGCCUCAACUUCUUCCUCAUUUUCACGAUCCACGGUUUGCUAGUAAAGGGAGCUCGAUCCAAAGUAUACACUGUUGGCGACGACGAGGGAUGGGACUCAGGCGUUGAUUAUGGUGUCUGGUCCAGCAAGUACAACUUUAGCACCGGCGACAUCCUCGUCUUCAAGUACUUGAAGAGCCAACAUGACGUGUACGAGGUGACAGAGCCGACCUUCCGGUCAUGCGGUGAUAGCACGGGCGUUCUGGCCAGGUAUGAGACUGGAAAUGACGAGGUCACCCUCGACCAGGAGAGGAAAUACUGGUUCAUCUGCAGCAUCGGGGGGCACUGCUUCGGAGGGAUGAGGUUCGGGGUCGAGGUGAACGCGGCAUCGGGUAGCAACAACAAUUCCACAAACGGGGCAUCGAGUCCACAAGCACAGCCACCUCCAUCAACACAAGGGUCAGACAAUGACAAUGGAAGCUCCAAGUUGUAUGGCCCAAGGAGAUGGAGUUUGGGGGUUUGCCUUAUCGUGUUGGCAGUUCUAUUUGAGUUGUUUUAUUAAUAUAUUUUUUUUUUGGUUUCUGAAUUGUUGUCUUUGAUUUCAUUGAGGAGACAUACAUACUUGAUUGUUUUUAGUGAGCAUUAUGACUUUGUCUCUUGUUGUGUUACCUUGCACCCAAAGAAAUGCUAUGUUACAUGAGAAGUCUCAUUAGAUAGUC